CUGGCCUGCCGGUGUGUCGCGCCCGCCCGCGGCAGUCCCCUCCCCGACGCCGGCCUUGCGCCCCGGCUUCGUCCCUGGAGGGCAGCCGCCGGGAUCCCGCAGCCGCGUCCGGCUCGCGGCGACACUCUCGUCACUCUGGCCUCGGGCGCUCGCGCCGACACCACGUUCAAAGGCCUUUGAAAUUUGAUCUCCUCGCUGCUUCAUCUUUGAAUGACUUAAAAACAUUGUUGGAACGGACGGGUCUCUGGCUCUCGGGCUCGCUGUCCACGCACUGUGCCGCGGUUGGACGGUACCUUCUGUGGAGCUUGAUGAGUUCUCGGAGUACCCGCAGCCUCUUUACACCCGGCCAGAUCUGCAGCCAGUGUCCAGGGGGUGUGCACAACGUGUCCGCAGUGGCGGUUUACUGUGAGCAGACACCGGGGCUAACGCUGCGUGCGCGCUGCUGCCUGGGUCCGACGGGCGCCAUCGUGGGGCUGGAUCUCCAGAACUGUUCUCUGAAGCAGCCUGGCCCAAACUUCCCUCAGGCACACAGCGCUGUCAUCAUAGAGCUGCAAACAAACCCGCUCCAGGGUGACCUGACCGACACCUUCCGAGGCUUUACACAGCUCCAGACAUUGGUACUGCCGCAUGAUGUCAGCUGUCCUGGGGGUAUUAGUGCCUGGGACACCGUCACCUCUUACGCAGACAACCAAACCUGCCAAGGGCAAAAGAACCUUUGUAACAGCACUGGAGACCCAGAAAUGUGCCCUGAGAAUGGCUCUUGCGCCCCCGAUGGUCCAGGUUUCUUGCAGUGUGUGUGUGCUGAUGGCUUCCAUGGAUACAAGUGUAUGCGCCAGGGCUCGUUCUCACUGCUUAUGUUCUUCGGGAUUCUGGGAUCCACCACCCUGUCCAUCUCUGUCCUGCUUUGGGGGACCCAGCGCCGAAAAGCCAAGACGUCCUGACCACAGGGGUGUUCUGCUGCUCUAGGACCACCAGCCAGGGAGAUCUGCGGGCCAGACGCGCGCGGUGGGCCCGUGGCGGCUCCUCCAGGCUGAAGCUGCUGUCGGAAGGCAGGCGGGGAACUGCACCGCCAGGAGUGUCAGGCGCGGGCCCUUGCGCGAUUCCACGUGUGCUGCUGACUAUUAGAAUAAACACUUCUCUGUUUUUA